AAACAAGGAGCCCUCCUCUGCUAGUCGCAUUAUGUUGUUCGUGGUACAAACCGUGCGUAGCUAAGUCAGGAAAAACCCAACGUCUAUUCCAUCUAAAAAGAAAACUUUGGAACCAUGCAACCACCCAACUCCAGACAAGUCUUCAAACUCGCGACCAAAAGUUAUUAUGGGACAUCUUGUCACGGUGUCAUGGGAAAAUACAGUGGACUACACCCCGACUUUGCGUGCUUUAAAAUAAUACAGCUUGUUUUACGGAUAUCUAUACCAAAACAAAUUCAAAUUUUGGUGAUUUUUGAAAUCUAUUGUAUAGAAAACCACGAGCAACGGUAGAUCGAAAACGUGGGAGGGUGAUGUGGGACGGAAAAUGUUUCCUCAUUCUUUCACCUGGACGAUACGUGUGGGCUUUUUUUGUCUUUCCCGCACGCACAUAUCCCGUCGCACACAAAACCAGCGAACGCAAAGUCUUUUAAUCGUUUCUUUCAACAACCGCCUGGACGGGUCUACCUCCUCCUGCUCCUCGGCUCGCUCGCUCGCUCGAGAUGUCAGCGGCAGACAGGUCAAAGAAAGAGAAGAUGAACGUGGGUUCCAGCUUCCUCAACGCCGAACAAAACGAGAUUCUGUUCAGCCUGCUGGGACACAAGUGCACGACACUGGUCUCCACCAUGGUGAUCGUCUUCCUCCACGAGGGUGGCCAGUGGAUGCGGAAACACUAUGGCGUGGUGUGCUUCGUGAAGGACGGCUCCAAGAAGUCCUACUUCAUACGUGUCUACAGCGUGGGGGAUUCACGGCAGGAGGAGAGCGGAAAUGGCGGACCGGCUACACGAGAAUCAGGACUCAAGGAGCAUGGCCUCCUGUGGGAGCAGGAGCUCGAGAAAACGCUCAAAUACAAGGCGGCUCACGAAAUCUUCCACACCGUAUACAGCAAGGACAAGAAAGCCGCUCUCUGUUUCGAGAACGAAGCAGAGGCCGCAGAUUUCAAAACGAUCGUUAUCGAAAAGCUGCAUCUACUGUGUCCAGGAAACAGCAAGCCAGCCAGCGGCGCACUCCCUGCCAAGUUCGAUACACUUCCGGGCAGGUUGUCGCCAAUUCACAAAGACGUUUCGCUGCCGCCCCCACUUCCAUCACGGCUGCCCAAUGGACCUCCGCAGCUGCUGCCAACGCGCUCGCCACACACGUUGCCGAGAAACACAAAUCAGAACGACGCACCUCCACCUACGGGCGCAGAACCCGUUAAGAAGAAUAAAUAUUGGCUCAAGAUGGCCGAGAAAAUCGGAAAACCCACGAAAGAAAUCAGUGGCCCCCAAGACUUCCAGCACAACCAUCACAUAGCGUGGGAUCCGUUAAAGGGCUUUGAUAUCAAGAACAUUCCAGACGAGAUGAAAGCUGUCUUUAUGAAAGCUGGAAUCAACGAGCAGCAGUUAACCGACAAGAAAUCGUCGAAAGCGAUUCGUGAAGUUCUUAAUAUUUAUGGCCUUGUUGACACUGAUCAGAAGAAAACAGAAUGUGAACACACUUCACAGCGGUCAUGUGACCCAAGAAAUCCACAAACGCCAAGAUAUUUAAUGGCCACGAAUACUCAAAAAUCUACAGCAGAAAGUCCCAACCGAUUCCUGGGAGUCGACAAGUUCCCUUCGCCCAGAUCCAAGUCCCCAGAACAAAACCAGGAUAUGGUCCAGAAGCUGAACAAUCUUCAACAGAUGUUGCAUCAGUUGAUGAUGGAGGUGUCUGGUGAAGAUGUCUGAAAACUCACGAUUUGGAUUAUUGCGGCAUUGGUGAAAUGUGAAAUGUGCAUUACGUGAAGACGGAGAAAACGGUGUUCUUUGAGUAUUUCAGAAUAACAUUGUGGUGCAUUUACAAAACCACCCUUCGACCUAACUUACACCUCCGCAGACAUCACGAGAAUAUAAACUUCAACCAGUCCGCCUACCUAUCAAAAGGAACUAAGCAGAACCAAAUGCGAAUGGUGCACCAGACAAUGUAAUGCCCGUUCAAAUAAUCGUCUGAUAAUAACCGCAUAUAACUGCUUAUUUUAGUUUUCAGCGAUGUCAGCUAUGCCACUUGUGUGUGUGAAGUAUUACAUGCUGUAUGUAUGAACUGUAUUACGCCACAUCUGUAAAAUUGGAUAAAAGCCAUAGAGGUCUAAGUAUUCGUACGUUUUCAGCGCUCCGCGCAGCCUUGAACUCUGGGUGGCCACCCUGAUUGCCCACCCAAAAAGCCAGGUCAAACGACUGUUUUGGAAAUCACGAAUAUUACAUUGUACCUGAACUUAUUUAUUCGUGUGCUAAACUGAAAAAAAAGUGGGCAAGGCUAAUUGCCAAAAGAGAAAGGAGUGAUUUGACAAAGGCAUCACAUGCUCACACUAGGCCUCAUGCCAAUGAGACUGAUUGGAGCAUUGGAUUUUAAGCAAAACUGUGGAGGCAUUAUUUGCAGUGUGAUUAUUUAGUCACCCUUGCUGGUAUUAAUGUGUCGGCGGGAAGGGGGAGAGCGGGUCUCUCCUCCACAUGUGUGUAAGGUAAACGUACAAGUGCAACUUUAGUAAGUAUAACUACAAUAAUCCGUGGUCACGUGAUGAUGAACGUCGUGGUUAAUUGGAUAAACUUGAUCAUUAAUGCUACCUAUCUGUGUAAAAUGUGUGAAUAAUACAAAACCAUUCUACCACAAAGCAUCGUGGGAAAAUCCAGGAAUGAUUGUGGAUAAUAGGAAGAAUAUGAUCAUGGAUAAUAGGUUUCACUGACCCUACAGCUCCUGCAGAUAACAGGGUAAUGUGUGCACGGAUGAGAGUUCUACCGUACCAGCACCCUUAUGUGAUGGUAUACAAGACUGUGACUUGAUUUGAUGUGGGUAGCAUUAUAUGAUUUAAGCGUCAUGUAUAAACAAAGCAUCUUAACAGCAAUUUCGUUUUCCAAAUUUGCUAUGGAGAAGCUCCUAUGAUAUAACCACCCUUAGCAUGUAAAUACCCACAAUUACCAGUGCCCUGUGAAAAUGGCUGGAAUAAGUCACAGUGGGUGUAAGUGGGUUAUAAAAUAAAAAAAGACAUACUUUGUGCCGCCAAAUGCCCACACUUUCACAUUGAGUAAUCUCAAAGCAUUUGCAUAUACAUUAGAUAAGGCGCUGAGGCACGUAACCAUCAGCACCCGUUGAUUGUUGAUGAAAUGAGAUGCAAUUCUGGAGCCGCGUGUUGGCAAGGGUCACGAGCAAAUACGGAUUCGGAAAGUAGGUGAAUUAAAUAGUAUUGUGAAAAUCGUAAAGCAUAAUUUCGAUUUAAAGCUUUCGUGACUGCAGGGAUUCAUCUUUUUGGUUCUUUCGGUAAAGUCACGUAGAAGGGAAAUAAAAAAUAAUAAAAAUACGCUGCCAAGCUUGGUGGUGUUCAUUCAGACGCUGUCUUUCCGACAGCCCUGUUCUUCAUCUGAGGACGGCUGCUUGCGUUGUGGCAGAAACGUCGUGAGAAUUGUAUUUUAUUAUGUUUUAUUUUUAUUAUGUUAUUAUUUCCGUUCUACGUGACUUUACCGAAAGAACCAAGGAGACGUAAAGCAUAAUAUUAAUGGGUUUUCUCCAAGCGUGGGGGCUCCACCCCCACACAAAACCGCACGUCACAUAUCCACCUCGCUGGGGGAUGGACUGCGGUUUAGGCGGAUGCGUGAAAAGGUCGAAUUGGUGAACAUCUAAAAAAAAAAAUGUUACACCACCAUACGCAAAUAGGUUUUCUGGACAAUAAAGUGCACACUGCUUUCACCAUGGGAAAAUGCUUUGCAGUAAUGUAAAAGUGAAUGCACACGAGACUUAGAAUGAAUGACUGUAUUUGAAAAGAUUGGAUGUUGUGAAUAUCUAUUGAAAUUGACGGUUAACACCGUGCACCAAUACAGCACUGAGUGUGGGUAGUGAAUUGGUCAGGGCGGACCUGUAACUGUCAGAUAUGCACACGUACCGUACUUUUAAUCCAUGAACAAGCAUUCCAAAGGAGAGCCCUUUUGAAAAGGUCAUUAAGCUCUGUCAUGCAAUCCUGGAAAAAAACACCUGAAUGAGCACGUGAUUACUGUAUGUGUAUUAGAAAACAAUUGCUCACAUUUUUAAAAGGUCCUCUGUUUAAAUUAGCAAAGAGCGUUUGCAGAACAUUUCCAAACUUCCCACUAGAUUGUGGGCAGUGCUCUUUUUUGAAAUAACUGCCAGAAGGCAGAACCUUCAAUGAAAUUUAACUUGCAAUCCCUUUUGUUUAAUGAAGGCCCUUACACCACAGCGUGUGGGGGUUAUUUGGCCAAACUACCAGGCUGGUCAGUGCGGGUUGGUGAAGGCAGACGGCAAAGUAGUCGGAGCGUAACAGGACACCGCCACCACGGAUUUUGUUCCACUGCCCUCUGCUGUCCAGCACGUAGCCCCACAAGCCCGAUGACAAUCUCUAUUGUCCAUAUCAUGGGACCUCUUUUUUUUUGCCAGUAUCAAAGUAUGAAAAAAAAUAAGCAUAGGUUUUACCCCUUCUGGCAAUGAAACAGGUGUUAAGAUGUUUACACACCAAAUAUAAACCUUUUGCAAGGAUUCAUGGUUGCAUUAACCACACGUACUUGUGAACAUGCAAAGAAAAAAACAUGCUCUGAUAAUAAUAUUUGGCAUUGUCUUUGAAACUGAGUGAUCUACACCAAAGACAGCAGCCUUCUUUAGGGCCUAACCUCACCACCAGUCAGACCAGAGAACGCCUUUUGGAGAACGCCUUUUGGUCUGACACUGGUAGUGAGACGAGGCGCUAAAAAGUAUAACCCGUAAAAACAAAGUUUUUCACUAUAAAUCCUUUAUAUGCGUGGCGGCUAGAGUCCUCUCGUCCUCUGGCUUGAGAUGGCUGCCACCUAUGGGUCAGAUGAUUGCAUGGCACCAUUAAGCAAUUGGUAAUUAAAUAUUAUAUUUUUGUCCUAAAAAGUGUAAAAUUUUGGAAAAAAAAUUUCACGAACAUUAAUUGUCACGCACAACGAGUCUGUGUGGAAAAUGUCAGCUCGAUUGGAUCACGGGAAGUGGGUUAAAAAACGACCGAAAGAUUUGCACGGUCCUAAGCAAGCAAGCAAGCGCGCAAGUGAACUUAAUAUAAAGGAUUUAAAAAGGCUGUCUCUGGUCUAGACCAAUCAGUUUCAAAGACAAUGCCAUAUAUAUUCUUGGUUCUUUCGGCAAAGUCACGUAGAAGGGAAAUAAUAAAAUAAUACAAAUAAAACAAUUAAAUUCUCACGACGUUUCGAUUGCAACACAAGCAAUCGUCAUCAGGUGUGAAAAAAAUGCCAUAUAUUGUGAGAGCAUGUUUUAGUGCCAGAAAGGGUGAAACCUAUUCUUAUUUUUACCAUUAUCCAUGUUGGUCACGUGUCGAUGCACUGUCCCAGAUUAACUCUAGUUAGCCUCUGAGAGCUCACAACAUCGACCCGAUGACCCAAUCACCUAUAAAUGCGACUUGAUCGAAGAUGAGCAUUUAUUGCGAAGUGGGGAUUUACCUGUCCAAUUUUUUUUUAUUACAUAAAGACAUGAACUGCUGAUCAUUUCAUUACUGCAG